GUGCUCUGUGAGCGGCGCCCCGGCGGCCGGGCCGGCGCCUCUCGAGCGCCCGCGCCCAUUUUGCCCGCCCGCUGAAGAGAGCCGUACGCGGCCUACACGCUCCGGGGACAGCCCUUUAAGGCGGCCUCGCCGCGCGCGCCGGCCUCCUGAGCCAGGGGGGACGCUCUUUUGAAAUUCGGUCCUAAGACAGUUCAGGUUUUAUUUUAUUUCGCUUUGUUUCCAAGUUACGGCCCCUGAAUUUUGUACAACUCUCCCUGGACCACUUCCGGUUGCCGGCCCUCGCCUCAUAACUUCGGUUCGGGUGACCUCGGCCCGGGAUGCCCCUCGGCUCGCCCCAGGCUCACGUCCCGAUCCUGGCUUGAGUGGCCCAGGGCGGGGGACCUGGAAGUUUUAGCCUCGCUGCUCCUGAGGCGGAUUAAUUAGCCCAAGAAACAUUAUAUUCAUGCUUAGGUGGAGAAAAGCAGGGCUAGAAUUGGAACCCAAAGCCCAGAAUGGCAGGAGAGGAUGUGGGGGCUCCACCCGAUCACCUCUGGGUUCACCAAGAGGGUAUCUACCGCGACGAAUACCAGCGCACGUGGGUGGCCGUCGUGGAAGAGGAGACGAGUUUCCUAAGGGCACGAGUCCAGCAAGUUCAGGUUCCCUUAGGUGACCCAGCUAGGCCAAGUCACCUUCUUACCUCCCAGCUACCUCUCAUGUGGCAACUCUACCCUGAGGAACGCUACAUGGAUAACAACUCUCGCUUGUGGCAGAUUCAGCAUCAUUUAAUGGUCAGGGGAGUACAGGAGCUGUUGCUUAAGCUUUUGCCUGAUGAUUAACCUGGUGCUGGGAUUCUAGGAAGAUAUGCUCCUCUGUUCUGUUCAGUAUAUGGCAAUCACUUCAUCCACCACUGCAGUGCACCCACCUGUGGGCCUGUGGGGAGGGAGUGGGUUGAAAAACUGCUCAAGAACACAGAAGCUUAGGAAGGGUCAUGAAGAACACCACAAAUGGAACUGCAGAGAGGGGGUUACGUAGGCAGAAAGCAAGUCAACAAAAGCACUUAGUCAGGAUACGUAACUUGAAAUUGACUCCUUUGGAAAUUGCCAUAGAACCUUUAAUGGACAUCAUCAGCUGGAACUGGGAUCUGAUGAAUCCCACAAAAGUCAGCACCUGCUACAGAACAGAUGCCCUGAUCACCAAGGACUUG